UUUGUCGUCGGUCGCUACUUACGAAUUAAGAGAAGUAACAGAAAUUUGGAUCGGCUCAAUCUCUUAUCUCUCAAUGGGUUCUAAAAAAAUCGGAAAUUUCUUCGACUCCGUUGGUUCCUUCUUCUCCGGUGGCGAUAAAAUCCCAUGGUGCGAGCGAGAUGUCAUCGUUGGGUGUGAGAAAGAGGUCAAGGAGUGCACUGAUGGUGGUGACUCGGAAGAAAAGAAGAAAGAGAGCAUUAUGCGAUUAUCUUGGGCUCUUGUUCAUUCUCGCCAAGCUGAAGAUAUCCAGCGUGGAAUUGACAUGCUCGAAGCUUCUCUAGCAAACAGUAGCCCUCCUUUGGAAGACCGAGAGAAGCUUUAUCUUCUUGCUGUUGGAUAUUACCGGACUGGAGAUUACUCUAAGAGCAGGCAGCUCGUGGAACGUUGUAUCCAGAUGCAACCUGAUUGGAGGCAAGCUUUAGGCUUGAAGAAAACCAUUGAAGACAAGAUUGCAAAGGAUGGUGUUAUUGGGAUAGGCAUCACGGCAACAGCCGUUGGCCUCAUAGCUGGUGGAAUUGCUGCAGCUUUGGCUCGCAAGAAAUGACCUAGUGCUUCUACAAAUUCUAUGUGUGUAUACAGUGACAAGAUGCUUUUAAGCUUCUAUACAAGUUUUGUUAUCACAGCCUUGGAUUUUAAUUUAUUUUUCAUGAUCUUUACCUUAUUUUUA